GCCCGGGGAGUGCGCAGGAGGAGGAGGACGGGGAGUGUUUAGAGGCGUCCACACAUUGUGACGCCUCCUUGGUGGGAAUGAGGAAAAAACAACGAGAAGCAGACGAGACGGUGGAGAAUAACGCAAGUUUAUUUUGACCGUUCAUAAAUUCUUCCCACGGCCUUCAUUCGGACCUAUCUACAUGAUCGCGUGAAGAAACCCAAUGAUGCAGAGCACAGUUGACUCGUCGCAGGUGAUAGACGUCUCAAAAUCCAAGCCCUCGCUACCUCCCAAGCCUCGACUUGCUCCCAAGCCUUUCUCACCACAAAAUAACACGAUUCACUCCGUAAAUGCUCCAAAGGUUGUUAAUCUUUCCGCCAAGGAAAAGGCUGGAAAGCCCUUGGCUAAAACUGCCCCUAAACCCUCCCUGACCAAACCGGCACCAAAGCCACCUCAGCAAAAGUCCACAAGUGUCAAUACAAAGGUGCAAACCAAACCAUCCAAACCUGAAAACACCCCGCUAGAUCAGAAAGAAGCUACCAAAACGAACCACAAAACCGAGACGCAGGUGAUAACAAACGCUAAACCGAAUGAUGUUGAAAAGAAUGAUGACAAAUCUCCAGCGACCAAGAUCCAAAAGCCUGAAGAAUCAGAAGACAAUGAUUCCUCAAAAAACAAUGAAGCAUUGCUGUGGGGCGGAACCAGGAAGCGCUUGUCGGUGGAGCUGACCUCCAAAUUUAACUCUGGCGGUAUCCCUCUACCCAAAGACCUCAGCAGAUCGGCAUCUAUAAGUAAAGGAAAAGAAAAUGCAAACCAGCCAAAACCGAAAACUCCAGAGCCGUCCACCACCGAAAGUAAUGACGCUAAUCUGGUGGAAGACGGCAGCGAAGGUGGAAGCAUUAAACGCCGGAUCAGUCUUUUAUUCGACUCAAAGCCAGAGGUUGCUGUAAGGCGAGUGCAGCCCGAGUUUGUAAAUGAAAUAGCUGGUGUCAAGGAGAGAAUCAAAAACUGGACUCAGGAAACCAGCCCAGGUCCACCAACUGUGCCAACAUUAGAGAAGACUCCAAAAUUACCAGUUGCUUCUGAAAGAGGAACCAUAUCGUCUGACACAACUGAAAAACCUCCAACAGAACAACUUCACACAUCGGAGUUGGACCGCACAACAUCAGCAGAAGAUGAUGAUGAGGAGGAGGAUGACGAAGCGCCUCUUGCCGUGGGAGCGAAAGCUGAAAGCAAAUCAGCGGAAGAAAUGCUUGAGAGCGAGAACGAGGACGCCAGUGAGGUGGAACAAUUGAAACAUUUGGAAUUUGAAAAAAGGCGAAAAACUGAGGAAGCUGAAAUGAAAAUAUUCCAGUUGCAGGAGGAGAAGAGACAAAUGGAGGAGGAAGAAGAAGAAGCCAGGCAUAUUCGAGAAGAGGAGAGCAGGCUGGAAGUAGAGAGAGAAAGACUUCGGCUUAAGAGGAAAGAAGAGGAGAGGCAAAGAAGGGAGGAACUGGAGAGAGAGAGGCUGGGGGAAGAGGAUAGGAAGGAGGAGGAGGAGAAAGAAAGAUUGAGACUGAAAAGGGAACAAGAGGAGAAACGGCGAAGGGAGGAAAUUGAGAGGGAAAGACUCAGGGAAGAGGAGUGGAGGGAGGUUGAGAAAGAAAGAUUGAGGCAAGAAGACGAGAGGAAGAGGGAGGAGGAAGAAAGACUGAGACUAAAAAGGGAAGAGGAUGAGAAGCAGAGAAGAGAAGAACUGGAAAAGCAAAGAGAGGAGGAAAAGAGCGCAGAGAUGGAAAGGAUGAGAGUGAAAAAGUUGAAAGAGGAGAAGCAGAGAAGGAAGGAACUGGAGAAAGAAAGCCUGAGAGAAGAGGAGAGAAGGAGGGAAGAGGGAGAAAGACUGAGGCUAAAGAGAGAAGAAGACGAGACUCAAAAAAGGGAGAAACUGGAGAAAGAAAGGCUGAGGGAAGAGGAGGAGGAGGAGAAAGAAAGAUUGAGACUGAAAAGGGAACAAGAAGAGAAACGGCGAAGGGAGGAAAUUGAGAGGGAAAGACUGAGGGAAGAGGAGAGGAGGGAGGAAGAGAGAGAAAGAUUGAGGCUAAAGAGAGAAGAAGAGGAGAAUCAAAAAAGGGAGCACCUGGAAAAAGAAAGACUUAGGGAAGAGGAGGAGGAGGAGGAGAAAGAAAGAUUGAGACUGAAAAGGGAACAAGAGGAGAAACGGCGAAGGGAGGAAAUUGAGAGGGAAAGACUCAGGGAAGAGGAGAGGAGGAAGGAGAUAGAAAGGAUAAAACUCAAGAAGUUGGAAGAGGAGAAGCAAAGAUGGGAGGAAUUGGACAAAGAAAGGCUGAGAGAAGAGGAGAGAAGGAGGGAGGAAAUAGAAAGAUUGAGGCUCAAGAGGGAAGAAGAAGAGAGACAGAUAAGGGAGGAAAUUGAGAGGGAGAAACUGAGGGCAGAGCAGCAAAGAAGGGAGGAGAUUGAAAGACUCAAGUUGAAGAGGGAAGAAGAGGAGAGACAGAGAAGGGAGGAAUUGGAGAGGCUAAUGGAAGAGCAGAUAAGGAAGGAGGAGAUAGAAAAAUUGAGACUGAGAAGGGAACAAGAGGAGAAACGGCGAAGGGAGGAAAUUGAGAGGGAAAGACUCAGGGAAGAGGAAAGAAGGAAGGCUGAGAUAGAAAGAAUACGACUCAAGAAGUUGGAAGAGGAGAAGCAAAGAUGGGAGGAAUUGGAGGAAGAAAGGCUAAGAGAAGAAGAAAGAAGGAAGGAAGAGAUAGAAAGAUUGAGGCUGAAGAGGGAAGAAGAGGAGAGACGGAGAAGGGAAGAAUUGGAGAAGGAAAGGCUUUGGGAAGAAGAGCGGAGGAGACUAAGGAGGGAAGCAGAGGAGAGACAGCGGAGAGAAGAAUUGGAGGACAGACUCAGGGUAGAGGAGAGGAGAGAGGAGAUAGAAAGAUUGAGGCUACGAAGAGAACAAGAGGAAAGGCUCAGGGAAGACGAGAGAAGGAGAGAGGAGAUUGAAAGAUUGCGAGUGAAGAAGUUGGAAGAGGAGAAGCAGAGAGAAGAGCAAAGGAGGGAAGAGAUAGAAAGAUUGAGGCUCAAGAGGGAAGAGGAAGAGAGACAGAGAAUGGAGGACCUGGAGAGGGAAAGACUGAGGGAAGAGGAGAAAUGGAGGGAAGAGAGAGAACGAUUAAGGCUGAAGAUGGAAGAGGAGGAGAGACUCAGAAGGGAAGAGUUGGAGAAGGAGAUUCUCAGGGAAGAGGAGAGGAAGAGGGAGGAGAUAGAAAGAUUGAGGAUAAAGAGGGAAAAGGAGGCGAGACAGAGAAGGGAGGAAUUGGAGAGGGAAAGACUGAGGGAAGAGCAGCAAAGAAGGGAAGAGAUUGAAAGACUCAAGUUGAAGGUGGAAGAAAAUGAGAGGCAGAGAAGGGAGGAAUUGGAGAGGGAAAGACUGAAGGAGGAGGUGAGCAGGAGGGAGGAGAUGGAAAGACUCAGGCUCCAGAUGGAAGAAGAGGAGCGACAGAGACGUGAGGAAUGGGAGCAGAGGAAAGAGGAAUCGAGGGUGGCACAAGCCCUCAAGGAAGAGCAGUCGAGGACGCGACGCAAGAUGGAGAAAAUGCAACAAAAGGGAGACCUGGAGAGGAUGAGGGGGGAAGAAGAGAGAAGGUGGCAGCAAGGCGUAGAUGACAACGACCCUAAAUAUUUGCCUCCGACUACCGGCAUGGUUUAUGACAACUUCUCGGUCGUUGGGACGAAGCCUGCGGUGGACGUCGGACAUUUUGAUGAUUUUUCAGUCAAGCCAACUCGAUGGGGCUCACAGCCUAAAGUGGACGUUAACACGCGGGACACAACAGUGGACAUUCUGAUGUCGCGCAACGUCGGCGCUCGGGAGAGAGAUAUACGAGACAAAGUGAGGGCCGAAGGGCGUGUUGAGCCAAAAUCAACCUUGGCGUUUCCGGAGGUGGAGGAGGACCACCGAGAGCCAGAAGAGGAGUCUCAAGAACAAGAGCAAGAGUUACCACAGAUCGGAGGCAGAUAUUACAGGCAUGAGGAUCCUGACAGCAGUUAUCGAACACUUGGACAUGGUGAAGACACUGACGCUUUGAUAGAUGUGGAGGCAGACAGGCCGCAUGCAGCCUAUGACUGGAGAUCUAAAACUGACAGGACUGCUUUUCAACCAAGUCCCAGGUCUUUCACUGAUUCGUUUGCUGAGGCCUCUGACGAUGUUGAUACACCCAAACUUUUGCUGUCUCCUUUCCCUGAGAGCUCCACCCCGCUCCUCGACACCAGUGCACAGAAAUCCAGGGUCAACCUGGGCAAGAGGCGCACCCGAUCGCAUCCAUCACGUUCAAAUCGCUCGCAACCAUCUGUGGUAGAGACUCCGGAUUGGCGGUCUUGUGACUCCACAGAAGGCGGGCAAAUGGAGUCCGACUCAGAGGAGCAACAACCAAAACAAAGGAUACUCUCUUCUCCGUCUGUCUCCAGAAAGGUCCCUGUCUUUCCUGGUGUGAGCCCAUCAAACCUCAUUGCUCAGAUGAAAAAGAGAGCAGAAGGACGAGAAGAGACUGAAGAAGAGAAGGAAAGUCCAAAUGAUGAAGUGGUGCCAUCUCCAUCUCAAGUGCCUCGCUCUCCCCGCCCUCCCCGCUCCGCCGCCCAGCUUGCUGGAGCUGCACGAGUACUUCCACCCAUAGGAGCCACAGAUGGAGGUGGGGUCCCUCCGACUUGGCUGAAAGAGCUGAAGUCUAAAAAGCGUAUCAGUCAACAUGAAGGGGAAUGGUAGCUGAGUACCAUGUGGCAGGAACCACCGUGCAAUAGGGCCGAAUCCAUCCAUGUCAAAUGUUUGUGCCAAGAAACACUUCACCAGGGUCUAUAUUUUGCACUUAGGUGCCUUAUUUUGUACAUUUGAACCAGAUAUGAUAUGUACACAAUGGAAUUCAGAAUUUUUUUGAGUCGUCACAAAUGUUUUGCUAAGGUUGCGUGUCAUUUUAUACCAAGUACAUGUUUGACCUAAUGCUGCAAAGUCAACUCGUGAUUGUCAGCAUGACAUAAAUUGAGUCUUUUCUUUCUUUUUUCUUUUUUCUUUCUUUCAUUCUGUUCUUCUUUGUUGUUGUCAACUUCUAUUGACUGGGACCGAUGCCAUUGCUGCAGGCAAAUAGAAUCACUCGUGUUGUUGAUAGAAAUCACCCCUUGUUAUUAUUCGUCAUUAGAUAUCUUAAGGUGAAAUCUUUGCACUUAAAAAAAAAUAUGGGUCUGUAAACCCUUUAUUUUCUUCUACACAUAGAAGCAACCAGACAAUCAUUUUCCUUCCUUUCAGAAUACAAUAAACUCAUCCAAACAACUCAUGAAAACAUCGUGAGCUUGCAGGAAACGGAGGAAUGCUCUUAUGCUACCACACUGUGUGAAUAUGUCGAUCUACUUGAGAUUUUUUCAAGUGUCUUUGUUUACUAAUUAAAAAAAAAAAAGACCACCGGUCAUUACUGUAAUAUGCAAUGUGUUGCGAUUUAUUAAAAGCUUUUCUAUAAAAUA